AUGUCUUCCUCAAUCGUCCCUUAUAACGUCACUCUUGGGUCCGAAAGUCCAUUGUGGAACUACGCUCCGCAGCGAGAUGGACUUGCCACACAGGGGUGGAACGCCUCCUAUUCUGGCGCAACUGUAUAUGUUGCUGGUAACGACGGCAUAGGAACUCCAUUCCGCCACACUCAAUACAACGGAGCAAGUUUUGAGAUCCAAUUUGAAGGCACGGGAUACUGGUUAUGUCUGACACACGAUACCGGUGUCACGUUCAACUUGACUGUCAACGGACAUACGAUCGCGACUUCGGGUCUGCCCGCGGACAGUACCUGCUCUGAAUGGCCCCAAGCGAAGACCAUUGUCGGUGCCGGGGGGUUGGCCUACAGAUCACUCACUGUGGGACUCAACAUCUCGCUUCCCAACGCGGACUCGAGCUUCGAUUUCUAUGGUGGGAUCACACAGAUCAGCGCUGGUGCUCCGGGUGCCGCACCAGUCAACCCGGUGACAAUCGAUGACAGGAAUCCAGGUUGGAACUACCAGCCCUGGCCAUGGUUGCAAUCGGAGGAUCCGUCGGACUAUAACGAGACGCAUUCUUAUGCAUGCGCGUACGACAGCUCCGUCUCGGCCGCAUAUACUUUCAAUGAAACAACAGCCGUCAUGCUGAUCGGCAGUCCGGACACCAAUACCUUCGGGUAUACGAUCUCUUUCCAGGGAGUACAGAGCGUAUACAAUGCCAGCACAUUCUGGCAUUCGUACAAGCAGGUUCUGUUCAUGGCUGGAGGACUAGAUCCCACCACAAGCUACACUUUGGCUAUUGCCGACUACGAUCCGAAUCAACCCAAUGGCCCAGAUUUGAACAUAACGAAUCCCACGUAUUGUGUAAACCUGGAUGCCAUUAUCUUGCUGCAGUUAGAAAGUGCUGGCUCAAGCAAUUCAGGUACGACUUCAGCACUAACCAGUCCAACCGCCUCUCCCGAUCAAAAUGGGAACGGUUCCUCAAUUUCCGGCGGUACGAUAGCCGGCGCUGUAGUAGGCGCCAUCGGCGGUCUGGGGAUCCUCAUGCUGCUCGUCCUCUUCUUUCUCUAUUGGCGGCGUCGCACACAAAAUGCAACGGAUGCAGAACCGUUCCCGGCAAUGUCGGAAGUCACUGACCUCGUCUCCCCCGCAGGGCUCAGGCCUGCCGUACCCUACAGCCCGAUGUCGAUGUCGGAUCCCAAGGCCGGGCGAGGGUACUUCGACCGGCGAGGCGUACCAGAUGCCAGUGCCCGACCACCGCUCACGCCCUCAUCGUCAAAUUUCAACACCGUGCAAGCGUCCUCCCCCCAACCCGGAACGUUAUCAGAUAGCACGGCCACGUCGGACGCGCUAACCGCGCCGGGCAGAUCUAGAGUACAGGCACCGGGAGCCGUAGCGAGCCCGGCGUUGUUGGAGAACGCGGCUACGGUCGACUUGGUGCAAGUGCUGAACCAACGGCUCCGGCAUGGAGAGCACGAGGAAGCCCCGCCGGGGUAUCAGGAUGCUCAGUGA